AUGGCAAAGAGUAGACUUGUAAUUUACGUCCUGGUUAUCACCUUACUCCUGGACCAGACCAUUAGCCACCCGUCCAAAUUCAAAGCCAGGAAGCACAGCAAACGCCGCGUGAAAGAAAAGGAUGGAGACCUAAAGACUCAAGUUGAAAAGCUCUGGAGAGAAGUCAAUGCCCUGAAGGAAAUACAGGCUCUGCAGACAGUCUGUCUCCGAGGCACAAAAUUUCACAAGAAAUGCUACCUUGCUUCAGAAGGCUCGAAGCACUUCCACGAAGCCAAUGAAGACUGUAUUUCCAAGGGAGGGACCCUGGUAAUCCCCAGAAGCUCAGAUGAAAUCAAUGCCCUUCGAGACUAUGGUAAAAGGAGCCUGCCGGGUGUCAAUGACUUUUGGCUAGGCAUCAAUGACCUGGUCACGGAAGGCAAGUUCGUUGAUGUCAAUGGAAUUGGCAUCUCCUUCUUCAACUGGGAUCGAGCACAGCCUAAUGGUGGCAAGCGGGAAAACUGUGCCCUGUUCUCUCAGUCAGCUCAGGGCAAAUGGAGUGAUGAGGUUUGUCGGAGCAGCAAGAGGUACAUAUGUGAGUUUAUCAUCCCUUAA